AUGGCCGCGGCACUCGCCCACCUGCCUGUGCUUGCAGCCGGGCUCCUGGCCUCUGUCGCUGCCCUCGUCCUUUACAGGCUCUGUCUCCACCCUCUGGCCAGGUUCCCCGGUCCGCGGCUCGCUGCCGUGACGUCCUGGUACGAGGGCUUCUAUGAGAUCGUCAAGAACGGCCAGUAUUCGAGGAAAAUCUCCAAGCUGCACGACGAAUAUGGCCCAAUCAUCCGCGUCGCCCCCCACGAGCUGCACAUCCGCGACUCGCGCUUCUUCGAGGAAUUCUAUGCAAAGAACCUCCACCUCGACAAGGAGGGGUGGGACGUCCGCUUUGGGACAGAGGGCGGUGUCUUGACCACCGUCAACGCCGCGUGCCACAAGCGUCGCCGCGCCGCACUGAGUCCCAUGUUCUCGAGGCGGUCCAUCCUGGACUUUAUCCACAUCAUCUACCGCCACAUCGACACCCUCUCUAUCCGCAUGCAGGAGUUUGAGGCCAGGAAGGAGCCGAUAAACUUGACCCAUGCGUUUCCUGCCUUGACCGGCGAUAUCAUCAUGGACUACUUUUUUGGCUUCAACUAUGCUCAGCUCAAGCACCCCGAGUUUGAGUCCUUCCACGAUGCCUUCCAAAAGAUUGGCGGCGCUGGCCAUAUUGCCACUCAGUUUCCCCUGAUGAUUCCGAUGAUGAACGCCAUCCCAGACGCCCUCACUGAAUGGCUUCAGCCCGCCGCAAAGAACAUCCUCAGGUUCAGGCGAGACCAGUGGAACAACAUUAGACGGACCAUGUCCGGUGAGUCUGUCAAGACCAACGAUGCAAAGAAGACGAUAUUCCAAGAGAUUCUCCAAUCCAAGCUCCCAGACGAGGACAAGACACAAAAGCGCCUCGCAGAAGAAGCCCAGAUCGUCGUCGGCGGUGGCGUAGAGACUACCGCCUUCUCGCUCUGCAUCGCAACCUUUCACAUCAUCAACACACCCCGUAUCUACAAACGCCUCCACGCCGACCUCGUCGCCGCAUUCCCCAACCGCUCCAGCCUGGAACUGUAUCCCCUCGAGCAGAUGCCGUACCUCAAAGCCUGCAUCAUGGAGGCCGUCAGGCUGUCCUACGGCCUCAGCGCGCGCAACCCGAGAACGCGCCGCACCAUGCCAUUACAGUACAAGGACUGGACGAUUCCACCCAAUACCAACGUCUCAAUGACGAUCCCCGAGGUCUCGCACGAUGAGUCGAUAUUCCCCAACUCACACGAAUACAUUCCUGAGCGCUGGCUCGGUAACCCCAUUGCGCCGGACGGCCUGCCUCUGGAGCGCUAUCUUGUGUCUUUCGGCCGCGGAACGAGGUCUUGCAUGGGCAUUAAUUUGGCGUGGACCGAGUUGUAUCUGAUCCUGGGCAUGUUGUUUCGCCGGUACAAAUUCGAGCUGCACGAGCCGAGUCUGGAGGAUGUGCAGCUUGGGCACGACUUCUUCAUCCCGGUCACCAAGUUGGAUGCUAGGGGCGUGAGGGUUUUUGUUGAGAGUGUGGAUCAUUGA